AUGAUGGAUGACGAACUGAAGUCGGCAGAUGUAAAAAAGAGGGGAGACAAGAAUGAGGAGAAUCCAGGCCGCCGUAAAUCCCAGACUGUGGUCUCAAAGGGGCCCGCUGAAGUUGACUCCAACACAGGGGGAGCAGACCUGUGUGCUUCCAUCCUGCUGGCCUGCCUGUUCUGCCGCCCGCUGGACUGUCUGCUGGCCACGGCGAGAGGCUGCGGCGGGUGCGUGUGGUGGCUGUGCUCGUCCCUGUGCGGCUGCACGCCCGGCGGCCUGCAGCCCCUGCUGGACGUCGCUCACGGCUGCCACCUGUGUGGGUGCCUGGCUCUCCGGCGCUCCCCGUGCGACUUCUCCGUCUGCGAGGUCUGCCUCCACGCCACCGAGUGCGUCGACCUGGGCAUGGAGAUCUCCCAAAUGCUCAACCACUGA